CUCAGCAUAGCUGAAAAUUCAGCUAGGUUUAGUAAUAAUAUUCAAUGAAAGAGUUAGUUUCAGUUCUAGUUUUAAUCUUGAUUUCUCUGGUUUGUUCUUUGUCGUUUCAUUUUUAGCAUGUGCAGUUUCUUCAGCCUUCCAAUGGAGAAUUUCCAAGGCGAUUUAGAAGAUAUUCUUCGAGCAAGCUCAGGUAACUCGCCGUCUGAUAUUAAUAGUAACGUUAACAAUCCGACUGCUUCUUCUUCUUCAACCUGGCAAUUCCCUUCUUCGGAUCCGUUGAAUUUCACUUUGACUGCGGACGAUCAUAGAGAUUCCUCCUUCGGUGAUCCCUUCUCUUCCAUUGGAGAUCCGCUUCUCCACGAGCUCAACAUGGCGGAUUCGGCCGCUGCCUGCUAUUACACCACUCCAAAUUCGGUUGAUGAAAGUGGCAGUACUUGUUCAGCCAGCUAUCCUCAUCAUCAGCAAAGGGCUUUUGAAGAUGAAUUCAGGAUGCCUUGCAACAUUUUCUCUCGGAUUCAGAUCUCACAAAGCCCGAAGCAGCUGACGGUUUCGCCUGGUGAUUCGCCACCGAGGGGACCUAAGGUGGCUGCUAUGCUUCCGAGCAACAUGAUCAAUGCCACCAGCUCGAAAAGUUCUUUACUUGAUAACACAUCUGGACCUUUGCAGAUCUCAUCCCCGAGGAAUCUGGGCAUCAAAAGAAGAAAGAGUCAAGCAAAGAAGGUGGUUUGUAUCCCGGCGCCGGCUGCACCAAAUAGCAGGUCAAGUGGAGAAGUUGUUCCUUCUGAUCUCUGGGCAUGGAGAAAAUAUGGGCAGAAACCCAUCAAAGGUUCGCCUUAUCCAAGGGGCUAUUACAGAUGCAGUAGUUCAAAGGGAUGUUCAGCGAGGAAACAAGUUGAGAGGAGCCGAACGGAUCCGAAUAUGUUGGUGAUAACUUACACUUCUGAACAUAAUCAUCCAUGGCCGACACAGAGAAACGCUCUAGCUGGCUCAACGAGGUCUCAGCCGUCUAAAAACAACGCGACGAAGAGCUCACCAAGCGCCGGCUCUCAGCCUCAGACUUCAACAAACAACACAAAGGAAGAAGUGAAGGAGAAUAGUAACGACGACACGAUCUCGCCGGUCGUUGGAGCCGGUAAUUCAAGCGCUUCAGUUAAAGAGGAGAUGGAGGAAAUGGAAAAGCCAUUAAAGAUGGAUCCAAAUAGAGAUCAAUUCAGUGAAGGGUUUUCCCAGAUAUACAAACCGCCACUGUCAGACCAAUCUCAGGAAGAUUUCUUCGCCGAUUUGGGAGAGAUAGAAGCCGACCCUCUAAACCUCUUAUUUAGCCAUGGAUUCAGUGCAGAUAUACCUAAAGAAAACAAGGUUUUGGAUCCAUUUAACCUCUUUGAUUGGUCAGGGGACAACAAUAACAAUUCAUUUGGAGAAUCCAAGAGGGGUUUAUAGCAAGACCUUGAAGCACAAACAAGAACAAAUUAAACAAAACAACAAAGAAAUUAAAUUCGAUUUUUAUGCAAGUUUUUGUGGUGCAAAAUUUCAUUCAAGGUCAUGUUUUAAACCUUUAGCUUGCAUUCUGGAUUAAAUUUCAGAUUCUCUUUUUUUCCAUUUUCCAUGUUUUUUCUUGUAAUUUAUCAGGACAGUCAGAAAUU